AAACAACCAUCUUCAACAACCAUCUCCUUCAUCAAUCAUCAUCCACUUCCAUCAACAACAUCAUCAACCAUCAUCAGCAACCAUCAUCAGCAACCAUCAUCAGCAACCAUCAUCAACAUCAUCAAGACUCUUCAUCACCUCACUACCAACAACCCAUCAAGGCACGCACGUGCAGCGAUCAUCGCACUCGAUCCAACUGAUUCGAGCUUUCCAUCAAACACAACUGCGACAACAUCACACGCGACAUCGUCACGCGCUCGAACCGCGCCUCACCACCGAAAUGCGCGCCCACAACAUCACCAUCAUCAACUCACCGACCCCACCAAACCCACUUUUUCCCCAAAACGGCAAUCUCACCAACUUCACACCGAUAACAACAUCCCACCACACAACUUUUCACAAACGACCGAUUCCACGCCGACCGAUUUCACACCGACACCUUCAAGCGAUGGCAGGCACAGGCAGCGAGAGGCACACGAGUUUUGUAAGAGACGGUGGUGGCGAGAGAUCCAGCGAGCAGCGAGCACAGGCAUGAAAGCGUGGUGGGGCGGUGGCAAUGGGCAUGAGUUCAAGAAGGAUACAACACACGGUACGACCUUUGCUUAGCGCCAACGGGUGUGGCAUUGGAUUCCAGGUACAACUCCGGCGCGUGCGGCGUCUCUAGCAGGGUGGCGUUCGAACGUGGGUAUUACACCCACGCAGCGUUCUGCCUUCAUACCUUCAAUGGAGAUCAGUGCAGCACAGCCGCGAUAUAUCGUCGCGACAUCCACACCGUCAAAAAGAGUCAUCUGCUGGGCGCCGAGUUUAAUCAAACGGUUACUCGGUCAGGUCAAAGGCAUUUCGAUCUCUUGCGGCACUGGUCUGUACCCUCUGUGUUUUGGCGUAAUAUGCGGUAGCAGGGCAUUUCUCAUCGACACUCACGACAACAGCCACUACAUCAGGCACUCGACUUGGUAUGGUAGGGUGGAUAUUCAUGCUCUCGCUGCUCGCUGGUCAGAGGGCUGGUGGCAUUCGGUGGCAUUUGACAGACUUUCAUGACUUUCAUGGUUUUCUCAGGCAAACUUUUAUGGUGGCAUUUGGGCAUUUGUACAGCGAUAUUCGGCUGGGUGGUGGCGUCAUUUUUAUGUAGUGCUCUCUCGUGUGCCUUGGGUGGUUCUCAGAAAUCAAUAUGAUUCAAGUCAAACUCG